CUCCGCUUACUCUGAUCGACGAGUGCGAUUACAAGAGCGAGAACAAAGUCCGACUAAUCCCAGCCCGAUGGUGAGAACUAGCAUAGCAGCAGCACCCAGAUGACGAACCGUCAUGUCGGGACAGCGCAUUCAUAGAUCGAGCCGGACCAGGCUGGAUGAAGCACUGCGAAAACCAUCCAGCAUGGUGGCGAGAUGACCUCAUCGUCCGGUCAAGACUGGCUCUUCUGUAUAAGACGGAGAAAUCUGCUUGCUUCUCUUCACCUCGUCAUCGUCAGUAGAUAACACUUCUACUACUACUUCAACAACACAACACAACACAUACACCAUACAAAAUGGGUCUCAUGUCUACCGUCAAGUCUGCCCUGAAGGACGAUAGCUCGUCCACGCAUCGUACCUCUACCGGCGGCCACUCGACCACCUCACCCCGCGAAUCACUCACCUCGGGUAACACGGCGACCACCAGCCCGACCUCCAACACUGCCAGCACAGGCACCCAGAACGCAAGCUCUGGCUCCAACUUUGCCAGCACUGGCACAACAGCUGGCUCUGCCAAUAGAUCUUCCGGCACGACCGGCUCGACGGGCAGCACGACUUCACCCGCAAAGAACCUUGCCAGGGAGGCAGAGAGUGGUGCCACGUCUCAUCAAGUUGGCGAUGUCCCUAUGGACAAGGAAGGUCGUGUCACCAAGGAUGCCGGAGCUGGUCAUGCUCAUCGCGAGGCCGAGAAGCUCAUCGAUGCCAGCCAAGCCGACCACUCGCACCAGAUGCUCGCCCACAAGACUCACGAAAACGUCAAGCAUCACGAGGUCGAGGAAGUAACUCGUCUGCGCGAACACGAUCGCCAUAUCCACCACGUUCAGCAUACCACCCAGCGUAUUCGUGACGAGCAAGUCAACGAGACGCAGCACCAUGAGCGUGCCGUGCCCGUUACGCAGAUCAAGGAGGGUCACGCUACCGCCGAUGCCGACAAGCUCGCUUUCCGCGAACAAGUCGGUGCGCAUACCGACAUGAUCACCCACGCACCCAAGGAGCGUCAGGUCGUCGACAAGGGCGAAGUUCUCACCGAGAAUGUCCACCACCACGUCCACAACGUCAUCCAGCCGAUCGUCGAGCGCACCACUCACGAUCACCAUCGCAUUCAUACCACGAUCCCCGUGCAUCACACCACACACGAGGCACCGAUCGUUCACCAAUCGCAAGAGCUCGAGCCCAUCAGCAUGGCACAGUUCACCUCGCAGGGUCACAGCCUUGGCAAGGGCGUCACUGCCGAUCAGGCCGGGUCAUCCGUUCUGGAUGCGACACAAUGCGAGCGAACUGUCGACGGGGUUGCCGAGAAGUUGCACAAGCAGCUGCUCAGCGAAAGUGGCACAUCCGGCACGAUGUCUACUUCCUGAGCUAGAGUCUUCACAGAAUUUGCGAUCCUGCCGGCGCAAGCGAAUGAAUGUACGAAUUGAUCUUGAUCUCUCAUGAUACUUGCACUUGCAGCUAUACCAAUGCAUCUAAUCUGUC